UACAAACCAAAAUCCACUCACAAUUUCUCGAGGAACAUGCAUUGCCAAAAAAAUUUUUAUGACGACGAAUGACUUUUGACCUCGUCACGCUGUAGCGCACCUGUGAACUGUGGGUAAUAAGUAUGGCCGACAAGAAGUGCGAUUCUGGAAGUGAAUCUGACAGUACAGAAGAACCAGUAGUUGGAAAUGUUAACAAGUUUGCCGUUGUCCCACCUGGUUAUAAUGGUCGGCCAAAGAAAGGGCAUAUGAUAUUUGAUGCCUGUUUUGAAUGUGGUAACUUAGGAAGAGUAGAUUACAUCACUGAGUAUGAGUAUGAUUUGUUUAUUAGACCAGAUACUUGUAACCCAAGGUUUAGAGUCUGGUUUAAUUUCACAGUGGAGAAUGUCAAAGCAGACCAGAGAGCAAUAUUUAAUAUUGUUAACUUCAGCAAAACAAAAUCUUUAUACAGAGAAGGUAUGUCACCUCUAGUCAAGUCUACCAGUAGACCAAAAUGGGUGAGGAUACCUGCCAAGCAUGUCUAUUACUACAGAUGUCCAGACCACAGAAAGAAUUAUGUCAUGUCAUUUUCAUUUUGUUUUGACAAAGAAGAUGAUAUUUACCAGUUUGCCUAUUGCUAUCCAUACUCUUAUACUCGACUACAAAAUUAUCUGGACAAUUUAGAAAAAAAGAAUAUGGAUUUUUUCUCUAGAGAAUUAUUAUGCCUAACAGUGCAACAGAGAAGAUUAGAUAUGAUCACAAUCACAAAUCCAGAUAAUUUAGAUCCUGAAGAAACAAAGAGAGUUGUGUAUUUAACGGCCAGAGUUCACCCUGGAGAAACGCCUGCUUCUUAUGUAUGUCAGGGAGUGAUAGACUUUUUAAUCAGCAAUCAUCCUAUAGCAAAAGUACUCAGGGAACACAUAGUAUUUAAAAUAGUCCCAAUGUUAAAUCCAGAUGGUGUUUAUUUAGGAAACUAUAGAUGUUCGUUGAUGGGUUUUGAUCUAAACAGACAUUGGUUAGAGCCAUCACCAUGGGCACAUCCUACUUUGUAUGCUACAAAAAAUAAUCUGAUGGAAUUAGAUCGUAGUGAUAAAAAUGUCCUUGACUUUUACAUUGAUCUCCAUGCACAUUCUACGCUGAUGAACGGAUUUAUGUAUGGUAACACAUAUGAAGAUAUGGAACGCUAUGAGAGACAAUCAGUCUUCCCUAAGUUAUUAUGUGCUAAUGCUGAGGAUUUCUCACUUAAUAAUACAAACUUCAAUAGGGAUGCUGUAAAGGCUGGUACAGGUAGAAGAACUUUAGGAGGCUGUCUAGAUGACAAUUCCCAUUGUUACACGUUAGAAGUAUCGUUCUUUAGUUACCAAACUAGUUCAUCAAGUACUGCAAUGCCAUAUACAGAAGAAGGAUAUAUGAAAUUAGGUAGAAAUUUAGCAAGGACAUUUUUAGAUUAUUACAAAAUGACAGGACUGAUAAGUGCUAAGCCUAGUAGUAGUAUAGUACCUAAACCAGGAAGAUAUAACAUCAGAGACAGAGAAAGAGCUAAUACAGAUCCACCAUCAGAUUUUGAUGAAAGACCUAGAAACAACAGACUAGAUUACCAUAUCAACAAUACAAGUUCUUAUGGUGACACAUCAAUACGUUUACAGUUCAGAGACAGGGAAAGAAGAUACUGAUUUAAUUACAUAUUUUAGAUGAUAAUGAUAAUGAAAUUCCAUAAAAAUAAUAAUAAAUGGUGUUUUUAAGAAAUCAGUCUGUUCUUAAAUUGAAAAUAAGAAAUUCAGCAUUUUCUUCAUAAAAAAUGGAAAAUGAUUUUUAAGUUUUUCCAAUUUUAGCUGGAUAAGUUCUUAAGAUAUGAGCUUGGCCAGAUUGAUAUCAACUUAAAUGAAUAUCUAAAAAAUCAAUCAAUCAAAAUCUUAUUCAUGUUCCUGUAUACUUGCACUUGCAUAAUGUCAAUUCUAUCUGACACAGUACAUAUGUAAAUUAACAUUUCAAUUGCCUAAUUUUCUGUACUUGCAUGAUUUUUUCUUUUUCAAAUUAAGAAGGAAAAUGUUUUUAUAACUAUGACUUCUUGCAUAUUGUUUGUUAUUUUAUAAAAUGUACUGUACUUUCCAAUGAUACUGAUAUUAGUGUUGAACAAGCUUUACAACUAAUACUCACUUUCACUGAUCAUUUGUACAGGGCUCUUCUUCUCUUGCCUUUCACCAGUUUGCCAAAUUACUUAAAAUAUCUAUGUGCAUAUUGUCAUGAGUUUUUUUAUGCCCCACCUACGAUAGUAGAGGGGCAUUAUGUUUUCUGGUCUGUGCCUAUGUUCAUUCGUCUGUUCAUCUGUUCGUCCGUUCGUUCGUCCCGCUUCAGGUUAAAGUUUUUGGUCGAGGUAGUUUUUGAUGAAGUUGAAGUCCAAUAAAUUUGAAACUUAGUACACAUGUUCCCUAUGAUAUGAUCUUUCUAAUUUUAAUGUCAAAUUAAAGUAUUGACCCCAAUUUCAUGGUCCACUGAACAAAGAAAAAGAUAGUGUGACGUUCAGGUUAAAGUUUUUGGUCAAGGUAGUUUUAGAUGAAGUUAAAGUUACAUCAACUUGAAACUUAGUACACAUGUUCCCUAUGAUAUGAUUUUUCUAAUUUUGAUUCCAAAUUAAAGUUUUGUUCCCAAUUUCAUGGUCCACUGAACAUAGAAAAUGAUAGUGCGAGUGGGGCAUCCGUGUACUAUGGACACAUUCUUGUUUUUACUAUGCAGCAGCUCUUUUCACAAAAAAACUUAAAAAGAGUAAAAAUACAUGUAAGUCAUACAUAUUUCAGAUAACUUACAAUCAAUUUUAAUCAUAAGUUUUUUGUGGGGAUUUGUAUUUCUUAUAAAAGACAGGAUUUUGAACCUAAGCUAAUUGUUUACUUUUUUGUCAUUACUCAGUUGGAAUAAAAAUGCAUUUGAUGAAUUUUUCAGUCCCACAUUAACCUAUGGGUGUGGCAAUUACCAUGUACAUUUUUGUUUUUAUUAACAUUUACAUUUUUUACUUCCUGUUAACUUUUCAAACUUGUUAUGAAGUUAAAAUGAGCAACAACUACAACAAUUGAUUGUGUUACAUUACAGAAUAAAUCAUAACUUUAUCCCUACUGUACAGAAACAACCAUUUCAAGUUGUACUUCAACAUCACUGGUUUCAUAAACUAUGUUUGUUGGACUGUUUUCAUGCAUACUUGAGGGCAUUAUCUUUGUCUAGUUAAUAUUCUUUUUUUAAGUAUUUUGUACAAGUUAUCUUCUCGUUACUAACUGAUGAUACAGAUAUUGAUCAUGGACCUUAUUUUCUAUAUUUGAGUAAACAUAAGUUUACCAGAUUUCUUUGAAUGCUAAAUGGAACAUCAUUUUAAGAAAUGAGAGAACCUUUUUGAUAUUAUGGUCAUUAUAGUGUGUUUUUUUUAACAAAUCUGUGAUCUGAGUAUUGUAUAUUAUUGUUGAAUAACAAAGAAAAUACAGUAUUUUAUUUAUAAUUUUUGUUAAAUGAUUGCUUGCUUAUGGUCUAUAUCAUUGGCCAUUAUUUCUACUUUCCAAGACUCGUGUCAACCAUAUAAAAUUUAAUCUUUAUAAAAAAAGAUAUUUGCAUGAGAUACAAUCUUUUCAGUGGGAAUAUGUCAGGUUAAACUUGUCACCUACUGAUUGUUCCGAAGUUUACAAUAUGUCUGAUUAUUAUUCAUAUUUGCCAUUCCAAAGGAACAUUGUUACUAUCAGUUUCUUCUAAUUUCAUUUUUUGAACUAACAAAGGUAUUUUGCUUAAUGUAUGAAGGAUGGUUGUAUGUUUACAGGACAUUUCCUGGAAUUUUGAUUAUUCAUAUGUGAUGAGAUUUUUUCUUGUGCAAAAUUUGCGCUUGGAAUUUAAACCUGAUUUAAGGGAGACAAUAAUGAUAUAAGGGAAGAUUAGAUAAUCCUAAUUUAAGCAGAUUGAAAAUAGAAAAUUAUGUUUCAAUCAUAAGAUAGGUAUGGUAAGUUAAUUAGAAAAUGUAAGUCAUGCAUAUAUUGGUGAAAUUGUAGAAGGAUGAAUCAAACUUAUUGGCGUUUAGAUGUAUCUCUGGGAAGAAGAAUACUUCGGGUACAAACAAUGUUAGGUAUUUAAUCUGAUUUGCAAUUGAUUAUUUGCUCUCCAGUUUAUUCACUUUAAAAAUGUAAGGACAAAAUUUCAUUAAAAUUGUGACAAAAUUACUAGAAUUAUUCUCUUAUUUGACAAUUUUAUAUAAUUUUUUAUCAGUAGUUAUGUGAAGCAUUUUAAGUUGGUACCUAACACUACAGGGAGAUAACUCUGUAAAGUCAGCUUAACGUUUUAAUUACGUUGUGUUGUAAAAGAAAUAUUAAGCUUUUCAAUGAUUAAAAUUGGUGUUUGUCAAAUUGCUAUAUUACCAGUGUAAUUUUUCUGACAAAACGGUUGGUUCAAAAUUUUUUAAAUUUUGAUAGUUUUGUUAAAGUGUCAAAGUAAAUACUUUGACAAAAUUUUAUGGAAAUUAAAUGAGCAAAAUUAAUUUUAGUGAAAGUGUUGGGUACCACCUUAAACAAAAACAUGUGAAGCAAAUGGGAAUGAUUAUUCUGUACAUAUAUGCUCUUUGAGUUAAAUUAUUAUUUGUAACUAGUGUGGGUGCUUCAGAUAAUAUCCAUAUCCACCAACCCAAACAAGCAAGUCAAUCCAAAUAUAUUCAUUAAAUUAACAAAAUAACAUGCAGGUCACUUUUUGACCUAAAUUUUUAGUAAAAUGUAGAGGUUAGCUUUAAGUGUGUUUUUUGUCAUCUCAGAGAGGUACACAUGAAAAUAUUUGCCAUCUUUCUGUUAUGUGAAACAUUCCUUGUUGUUAAGUUAUUCAAAUUUCUAUUGUGAUAUUGUUGUAUAUAUUAUACAGAUAUUUUAUUUAUUUUUAAAGAUCUGUGAUUUUUUAAUUCUUAAACCGUCCACAAAUAAAUUUUAGUUACUGAUA